GGUUUGUCUCAGUGUGCCUUUUCAUGGUUGAAUGUAUUUAUGUUUGUUUCUCUUAUAAAAGAGCAGCAAUGCCUUGGCAGAAGACUGUGAGCCACAUUCAAUUCAAGCUAAUCGGUGAUGUCAUGGCAUCUCUCUCUCUCUCUCUCCUGUUCUCUCUGAUUGUUUAUGCUGCUAAUCUUUUUUCAUUCAGUCUAGUCAGAUCAAAGCAUAUAGAUUGUGCGAGGCUUGUGAAGUUUCAGAUCAUCAGGUUAGGCAGUUUUGAACAUGUACUUCUCAAUACACCACCAGACAUGAAAAUCAACAAUAGAGGCUUUUCAAAUUCUUACUACCAGACAUGCCUAGUUGGAUACCAAGAUUUGUGGUGGUCUUUGCCUGUACCCAAGUUCCAGGUUGGAAGGCUACCAACCUCGCAAAACUAAAACAGUUAGCAAAAUAAGAAUGACAGAGCCAUGGCUUUUACGGGCUCUUCCAAUUUGGUCAGUAAAUA